CAGAUGUUACUCCGUGCAAUCAGUCGGCAAAACGUAAACCCAUCGUCUCCGACGUAAAUCUUCCCCGCUCGACUGAGCCAGAGCUGCAGAGCCGUAGAGCCAUGUCUUGAGAUGACAUGCCGCAGAGCCGUGCUGGUGACCGACAAGGACUAGGCUUGACUUCGGAGAAACACCUGGAGGUUUGCCAAAGGUCUUGAACGAUUUAGACACGCCGCCUCCCACCACUGGCUGAUCAACAGGACGAAAGGCCUGAAUGCCAGGAGGCCGAUGCCAUCAGUAAAUGAACUUGCAAAGACUGUCAACUUGGCUACGGCACUGCAACUCCUGGGAUUGGCAGAGGCAACGUUUGCAACGCUGUUUGCGGCGAUUUGCGGUCCCCUCUCUCCACCAAGUUUGCAAGUUUUCGGGCUGUUGAGUGCAGAAGCUGUUCAGCGUGCCCUCUCGUCAAUUCAAGGCAGCAAAGAACGGAGGUCCCUGGCGCUCCUGUGGCGCGGGGCCCGACGAGGCCAGGGUCUGCCAGAUCAGGAGCUCCUCGUAGAAUCCGAGCCACCCGAGCCACCCGUGCGGCCGAAACUGAGGCUGUCAGCCUACAAGGUGCCCAAGGCGAGUCGAAAUUCUCCACACCUAACCCAAAGUGGUGACGAGCCGUUGCUUGUCAAGGGUGCGUCCUACAGCCAUGGCCUGGAUGGUUUGCGUGCAGUCUUCUCGGCUGGUACCAACUUGUCAGCCCCAGUGCCAAAGUCGCGCUGGGAUCACGAACAAUACUAUGACCCAGAUGGGAGGUCGGGCAUCUAUGCAAAGCAUGCAGCCUGUAUUGGUUUACCGCAACCCAUCGAUGCCGCCUUCUUCGGCUUGGAAGAAGAGGAAGCUUCCCAUAUGGAUCCUAUGCAACGUUCCUGCCUUUUAGAGGGGUUUGCCGCAGUCCGAUCUGCCAAGAUGACGCGCAAGGGCUUGCUCAAUAGCUGUUGCGGAGUUUAUGUUGGCAGCAUGAACUUUGAUCACGCAAUGUCUGAGGCUGGACUCUAUGAUCGUGGCAAUGUGGCCAUGCUAUCGAGUAGAAUCUCACAUGUGCUUGGUUUGCGUGGUCCGUCCCUUUUCAUGGACACAGGCUGCUCCUCCUCUCUGGUAGCUGCUGAUUUGGCAGCGAAUCACCUCCGCCGUGGGCGGGCCAGCUUGACCUUGGCCCUGGGUGUCAACCACUUGCUUAGCCCACUGAUGUUCCACGGCCGCUGUGCGAUCAACCUGCUUUCACGAGUUGGCCAUUCGGCACCCUUCAACGCCACCGCGGAUGGAUAUGUUGUGGGCGAGGGUUGUGGCGCCAUCGUGCUUGGCCGAAGUGGUACGCCGAUGGCAAUCUACCGUGGAAGCCAUGUGAUGGAGGAUGGCCGCAGUGCCCAGCUCACGGCACCCAGCGGGCCUGCGCAGCAAGAGCUCUUGCGGGAGACCUGGCGGCGCUGCCGCAUCGCCAGCUCAGAGCUUGUGGCCUCAGAGUGCCAGGCAAACGGCUCCUUGCUGGGGGAUCCGAUUGAGAUGGGAGCCAUUGAGAAGGUUCAUGGCCCGCGUCCAGAUCCGUUCAUUUUGAUGUCGGGCAAGUGCAACAAAGGACAUGGCGAAGGAGUCGCUGGUAUUACGACCUUGCUGAAAAUCCUGUUCUUACAGGACCGACAUGUUCCACCUCUUGUCCACUUCAACCGUCUGAAUGCUCACAUCGAUUCCGGGCAGAUGCCCAUGCUCUUCUGUGGUGAGUUGACUGCCUCGCCACGCACCGUGAAGGCCUGUGGCUCUUCCUUCGGAUUUGGUGGUGUGAACGCCCAUGUGCUGCUAGAGGGGAUUGAGGUGGCUACCCGGAUCGAUGCAGCUCCACAGGCACCGACCGUGGCACCUCCGGUGCGGCCUUCUCCUAGCUCAAUCGGCACCUCCAGACCAAAAAUACCCGUGGCUGAAGCCAAGCUCUUGCUACGCAAGAUGGUGGCAUCCCUUACGGAGGAAGAGGAAGCACCUCAGAUGGAUGUCCCGUUGGUGGAGACAGGUCUGGACAGCUUGGCAGCUGUCCAACUUCGAAACAACUUGCAGCAGGAGACAGCACUGUCUCUACCCAGUACUUUGAUGUUCGACUACCCGACCAUGCAGGCGAUGGCCGAGUUCAUCUCAGAGUCUGCUGGGUCACAGGUACAGUUGACCACAGCCAUAGCAACUGCUCCAGCUGCUCCAGCUUCCACUGGUUCUGUUUCGAGCGAAAGCCCAGCAAGCCCUGGUGCAGCUUUGACCAUGGCAGAUGUGACCCGAGUGAUUGCUGGCGGUGUGCGAGAGGCUUUAGGAGAAGAACCUCCAGUUGAUACACCCUUGACUGAGGUUGGCCUCGACAGCUUGGCGGCCGCCAACCUGCGGAAUCAGCUACAGAGCAGCUUCGCAGUGAAGCUCCCGGGUACCUUGCUGUUUGAGCAUCCCUCCAUCUCGGAGGUUAGUGCCUUCGUAUCAGAGGCAAUCGCGCAAAAGUGCCACGUGGCAGUUCCUGAAGCAUCAGGAUCUUGAGAUAGUUUCCUUUCUGACUUGUGCAUUUCGAUACAUUUUGUGCAUUUCUAUUUUCAAC